CUCAGGUACAGCCACAGCCUCUGGCUGGGGGAGACACAGCCUUGGGGACACCCCAGCCUUGGGGAUGCCCCCCAGACUGAGUAAGCUGAGCACACUGCUCUGCAGCCUGACCCACAACGCUGGUCCAGCAGCCAGACCCUUUCAAAGUCCACAGUCUGGAAAGUCCAUUCCUGGACUUUGUUAAAGCAACUCUGCUUCAGAGCUGAUCCUGCGCAGCAGGCGAGCGCAGAGGCUGCAUUCAUCAGCCCUCCGACGAGAAGGUGAAAGCCAGGUGUCUGCAGCUGGACCUGAGAGACAAGUCAUGACCCAAGAGCGACUGUGGCAGGUCCUGGAUCCAUCCUGGGCAGACCCUCGCACCCUCUCGGCUCUGCUCUGCAGCUCAGCUGCAGCUGUGGUGCUUCUGAAAUGGCUGGGACGGAGGCAGGUCCAGCAGAAGAUGGAUGAGGCAAGGAGGUCUCGGGAUCUGGCCCUGGAGAGGAUGGAGAAGGCAGCUCGCAGGCUUAAGCAAGAGAACUCAGACACCCAGACCUCACACAUCCUCUCGCUGACAAUGGUGGAGCUAGUAGAGAAGCUGAAGGCGGGGUCCCUGUCCCCAGAAAGUGUCCUCUACUCCUACAUGGACAAAGCUUUGGAGGUGAAUCGGGAGGUGAACUGCGUGACAGACUUCAUUCAUGGAUGUGAGGGUCAGCUCCAGGAACUGAAGAAGCAAAAGGAGAAGGGGCUGCUUUAUGGCAUUCCCAUCAGCAUCAAGGACCACAUUAACUGCAAGGGCCACAUCUCCUCCGGAGGGAUGGUGAAAUUUCUGGGCCAAGUGAAGGAAGAAGACAGCGUCAUUGUCCAGGUUCUAAAGCACCAGGGGGCAAUCCCCUUUGUGAAAACCAACAUCCCGCAGACCAUGAUAAACUAUGACUGCAGCAACCUCAUCUUUGGCCAGACACUGAACCCUCUCAACCACCAGAAGAGCCCCGGGGGCUCCUCGGGUGGGGAGGGAGCUCUGAUUGCGGGGGGAGGCUCCAUCCUGGGCAUCGGCUCGGAUGUGGCCGGCAGCAUCCGCCUGCCCUCCAGCUUCUGCGGGCUCUGUGGCCUCAAACCCACAGGCAACAGGAUCAGCAAACAGGGAGUUGUUUCUCCUCUCAUAGGAAUGCAGUCAGUGACGGCGAUGCUGGGGCCCAUGGCGAGGGACGUGGACAGCCUGGCCCUGUGCAUGAAGGCGCUGCUCUGCCAGCAGAUGUUCCAGCUAGACCCCACCGUGCCCCCCAUCCCCUUUGAUGAGGAGGUUUACACCAGCUCAAAGCCUCUUCGCAUCGGGUAUUACGAAGGAGAUGGUUACUUCCAGCCCUCGCCCAGCAUGAAACGGGCUGUCCAGCACACAAGGAAGCUCCUCCAGGAUGCAGGGCACACGCUCAUUCCCUUUGCCCCGCCCAAGAUCGACUACGUGGUGGAUGAGCUGUUCACCAGAGGGAUUUUCUCGGAUGGGGCCGCCCACCUGGUGGACUGCUUCAAAGGAGACAUCGUGGAUCCCAACCUGAAAUCCCAGUUCAACACCUACAGGCUUCCUGCUCUAGUGAAAAGGACCUUGGCUAUUAUUUUGAAGCCCAUAUACCCACGAAUUGCCCGGGACCUCAGCGCUCUCUGUGGAGUGGGAUCUGCCAAAAGCCUCUGGGAUCAGCAUGGAGCAGUGGCGGCUUACCGCACCGAAUUCAUUGCCAAAUGGAGGGAGCUAAGGCUGGAUGUGAUCCUUUGUCCCAUGCUGGGACCAGCCUUCAACCAUGGCUACGCUGGGAAGCUCUUUGCUGCGACCUCCUACACCAAUUUGUACAACGUGUUAAACUUCCCUGCUGGGGUGGUGCCGGUCAGCACUGUCACGAGAGCCGACGAAGAAGAACUGAAGCAUUACCGAGGGCACUACGGAGACCCUUGGGACAAGAGGCUGAAAGAGGCUGUGGAAGGAGCCGUGGGGCUGCCCGUGGCCGUGCAGUGCGUGGCUCUGCCCUGGCAGGAGGAGCUGUGCCUCCGCUUCAUGAAGGAGGUCGAGACUCUUGCCCACGGCACGAAGAGAAAUGUGUGAUUUCUGGGAGCCAGCCUCCAAUGUGAUGGCUUUUCAUUCCCUGCCCUUCGCUCCAUAUGAAGCAAAGUAGAUAGUAAGCUGAAGACUCUGAACUAAUGUUUCAAUAAAGUGGCACUAAAUUUGCUUUUAAAAUAGUCAGCAAAAA